AUGCGCCUAAAGGGGAAAAAUAAUACAAAGUCGUUCCACAGUGUCUACAGGGUGCUUUCUCGUCUAUGUCGAUCUAUGGAUAAAGGACAGCUUGAUGGUUUCAUGGCGGAUGGUGUAGCACCAACUCUGAAGAAUGGCCAUAACUCUAACAUGGGUUUUACUAACCAGCAAGUGAAGCAACCAUCCGACGUCUCCAACAUCGUGUACACUGUAGGACAGUAUCCACCAAAACUUCUACAUAAUCUCAAUGCGCAAAGACUGGCAAACAAAUUCAGCGAUGUAGGCCUGGUAGCUGGUGGGAGCAUUAUUAGAGCACACAGAUCAGUUCUGGCUGCUGGCAGUGCCUAUUUCAAUGCUAUGUUCACUGUUGGUUUGGUCGAAGAGCAACAAGAGCUGGUGGAGAUUCACUCAGUUUCGCCUCACAUUCUCUCCCAAUUAGUGGACUUUAUUUACAGUGGCAAUGUAGAUAUCACGCAGGAUAAUGUGCAGGAGCUAUUUGCUGCUGCUGACAUGUUGGAGUUAGAUGAUGUCGUGUCUGGCUGUAUCUCCUAUCUCAAACAGCAGCUGCAUUAUUCUAACGCCCUUGGAAUUUACAGAUUUGCGGAAGCGCAUAACAGACUGGAUCUUUUGGAGACUGCCCUACGCUUUAUAGAAGUCAAUUUUCCUCAAGUCUGUCAAGAGGAAGAAUUUCUGGAUUUGCCCAAGGAACAUCUUGUUAAUUUUCUCAGUAGCGAUUACAUUCACAUUGAUACCGAAUGCCAGGUCUUCCAGGCGGCGUACAACUGGAUCGUACACGACAUUCCCGCGCGGAGAUGCUACGUGUUUGAGGUCCUCGGCCACAUACGCUUGCGAUUGUGUUCAUUAGCAAGGUUGGAGCGAAUUAUCCUGGAGUGCAAAGAUGCGAGUCUCAUCGUCGCGCUGCGAUCUAUACAAAAGGAUUUAGUUUCAAAUAAAGGUUGCUUGGUGCCUCUUCAUGCUCAGCCCCGCGUCUGUGCCAGGAAGAACAUUUUGGUGAUUGGUGGAUCUAAGCGAGAACAUUCUGCGGACAGCUGGGGCAGGACCGCCGAGAGUACUUAUGAAACUAUUGAGAAAUAUGACAUAUUCACUGGAGAAUGGAGCGAGGUGGCUCCAAUCAGCAUAGGACGCAUUCUACCGGGAGUGGCUUUGUUGGAUGGCAAGGUAUACGUUGUCGGUGGUGAGCUGGAAUCUUGCAUAAUCGCCAACUGCGAGUGCUACGAUCCUCGUGACAACGUCUGGAGUUCAAUUGCUUGCAUGGAGGAGCCUAGAUGUGACUUCGGUCUUUGUGCCUUGGAUAACUGCUUGUAUGCAUUCGGCGGAUGGGUAGGCGAAGACAUCGGCGGUUCCAUCGAAAUAUACGACCCGAUCGCCAACAUGUGGACUCUCGACGGCUAUCUGCCGGAACCACGGUUUAGUAUGGGCGUUGUCGCAUAUGGAGGACUAAUUUACGUCGUGGGCGGCUGUACUCAUAAUAGCCGACAUCGUCAGGAUGUGAUGAGUUAUAAUCCCGUGACAAGAGAAUGGAAUUACUUGGCUCCAAUGCUCACACCACGUUCACAAAUGGGUAUCACGGUACUCGACGGAUACAUGUACGUUGUAGGCGGCACCAGUAAAAAUCAGGAAGUCUUAACUUCGGUUGAAAGAUACUCUUUCGAGAAGAACAAAUGGACCAGCGUGGCUCCUAUGAGCAUGGGCCGAUCAUACCCAGCGGUUGCGGCAGCUGACAGUCGGCUCUACGUCAUAGGCGGUGAUCAGUCGCAAGAGAUCAAUUUCUAUCGCACGCAGAUCACGAUCUCGACUGUUGAGUGCUACGAUCCUCACACGAACAAGUGGCAUGAGUGCGCUUCCUUGCCUUCGAGCAGAGGUGAGGCGACGGCGAUCGUCGCACCCUUCUGAUCAACAUUUCGCGGAAGUCCAGUUCGUUCGGCUUGGUAUCGGCUCGGCGUUGUCGUCUCUUCUUACUUUUCAAAUCUGUCGGCGCUUCUUUUCGUUAAUAUCUAUUCCGCGUUAUCAAACUUCACAAAGAGCGUUGUAUCCAUUAGGUAGAUAGUCGAUCGUGUUAAUCUAAAGAGUAUUGUAGAAUUAUUAAUUUUUAGAAAUACUCCCCCCGCGUUCACUUUUUAAAUACUUUUUAAAUACUCACACUUUUUGAAUACUCCCAUUUACUAAGGUAUUAUACAUAUUAAGAUUAAGUUCUAACUAAAAAAGAUUAUUACUAUUUCUCACGAAUCGCUAAUUGGUACGUUAAAAGGAGCCUAGGAUCCAAGGAAUGUAGAAUCUAACGAAUUUGAGUUCUAAAAAAAGCUGGGAUUAAAGAAUCUAGAAUCUAAGGAAUUUAAGAGAUACAAGAGGAAUCAUUUUUAUAAUUCAAAGAGCUUUGACUCAACACAUUCAAGAUUUAAAUAUUUUACACCCCAGACAUCUGGACUGUAACUUCUUGUAAUGUAUUGAGGAAAAAAAGAUAAAACUUAAAAUACCCAGCGCUCAAAAGUAGGGUCCAAAUUAUUCAAAUUUUCCAAAAUUUUGGAUCCAAGUAACAUAAGAUUUACAGAAUCUACAAUCCAAGGAAUGUAGGACCCGAGUUUUUUAAAACGUAACUCGAUCAAAGUUCAAUGGAAUUUAAGACCCAAUAAAAAUUCAGGUCUGAUGGAAAUAUCCUAAAAAAAUAUUUGUUAUUUCUUUGUUAUUUUAACGCUUAACGCGUGUACGAAUUGGACGUAAUAGUCUUAAUUCGAAGCUGUAGAUAUUGGAUCAUUUAUUACACUUAUGUUACAAUCAGGUUAACGUGCGAACGGAUUUGAAAUUGACAAAGAUGUUCGUAAUGAAAACGUAAAGCAUAUGAAAAUAUUUGAAUAUUUUUAUUAAUUAACGACAAGCAUUAAUGAUGUGCGCUAGAAAGGACUGAGCCUCUUUAUAUUACAAUAUAGUCACAUACCAAAGUUAUUGUAAUUUUUAAUCGCAUCACUACAAAUAUAUCUACAAAUACAGCUCGCGUUAAAUAUAUAAGGAGUUAUAAGUCGGAUCCAAAGAUAUUUAUCCUUGGAUUAUCUAAGGGUCUAAAGAUACAAGGAUCUCCAAAAGUUGGAUUAUCACAGAAUUUAAAGAUUCGUGCAAAUUCACAAAUUUUGAAAAUCUAAAUCAUUAGAAAUUUUACACAUUUCCAAAUAUCCAAAAAAGUUAAAAAUCAAGAAUCUAUCCCGAAGAUUAUAUACUCUUACAUUGAUAAUUAAGAAGAAAGUUAAUAAAAAUUUGAAUAUUAAUUCUCUCUAGAAGACAUAAAUAACAUAAUUUGAAUUAAUUUAAAAAUUCAAAGAAAUAAGCAUACGGGAAUUUCACGGUUAAAUCGAUUCAGUGGUCCUUGGAACUUUUAACCCUUGACACUUUGGAAUCUCAGGAUCUAAGGAUUCCAAAAUAUGUACGUUAUUAAAUAAGAUAACCAUGUUUCUUAAUUGGCGUGCAAAACUGCGCGCAAUGUUUUGUAAAAUAUAAGGCCACAUUUUAUAAAACCGUUCUAAGAAUCGAAGAAUCGCCGGUCUCUGUAAUUAAUUGUCCAUAUUACAAUUCGAUUUGCCAUUGUUCGAAGUGUGAUGUUUGGUGCUACGUGAACAUUCGUAAAUAAUAUACGAUUAUUCUUCAAUUUUUUGACACAGGAUAAAUAUGAAUGAGAUUGCCUUUUGUUGUGGAUAAUUUUGGCCCACUCUAUUUAUUUCUAUUAUUAUUAAAAAGUUUCUUUUACUGUUGUAAAAUAAACGUCGCAUAUAAUUUUUUAUAUAUUUCCUUUUGUAUGAUUUUAAUUAACAUAAAAGUGUCGAAAUAAAUUCUUAACACGAUUAUGUUGGAAUAUAUAAGAAACUUGCUUACAGAUCCGUUAAUUGCUAGAUCUAUUGUAUACUAUGUAUUAUAUAAAUAAGUACGAAAAACUCAAUGAUAUACGAAAACCAUGUAGACAUAAAAAAUAUGAAUGUAUAAAUCUAUAAGUAUAGUAAUAUUAAUAUUCUCUAUAAAAAAUGAUAAACUUCAGACCUAACAAGACUUGUAGAUCUGCGAUUCUAGAUUUCUACAAUGUGAUAUUGAAUAAACAAACGCUAACGAGACACAUGCGAAAGAUUAUAAACAAGUAUUAUAAUACUCCAAACAGCCUUAAAAUUUGUAGGUAAAAACAUCUAUGGAUUUUCGGAAUUAUAUAAAUAUAUGGAUAAAAAAAUAA